UGAAUCUUCUGGUUUUGUUGAAGGAAAAACAAAAAGAUUAAUUGUUUUUCAGAAAGCUGAACGCACUAAACCACUGCUAAUUUUAAAAUGGCGCCUAAGUUGUAACGCUUCCAGUCGUCUCAGACUUUUACUACCUUUUUGUUCUGGACUGGACCGAGUGGGAGAAAGCUGAUUUGUUAUUUUAGAAGACUGUUGUUGCGUUAUUGAUUAUUGAUUGUUUUCACUCCGGUCUGAACUCGCACUGCACACAAUCUGUCUCAGUGAUAAAGAGGAUCGCGUGUGUUUUUAACGUGCUUUGGGUUAUAAGUUGUUUGUGAUGACUGUUUCUUUGUGUAGUGCUUCAGCUUGUUGUUUCCUCUGUAGUUUUAUCCGCCUUGCUUUGGUUUUAUUCUUGCCGGUUAGUAACCUCAUGUGUUCUUCGUGUUCCCGUAGCCCUGCUCACCUGUCCUACGUUAGCCUCGUCAGCCUUUCCAUGUGUUCCUCCUAAUUACUUUAUUACCUAAUCAUCAUGUUCCUUCCUUAUUCUGGUCCCAGCUGUGCCGUGUUCUGUGAUUGGUCCCGCUGUGUAAUAUACACCUGUCUGUUCUCCUAGUUGUUUGUCAGAUUGUUGUCUAUGUUUCUGGUGUUGCAGCUUGUUUAAGCUCCUUGUUUCAUGCCAGUUUGUCAACUGACUGCUGAAGUCUACAGGAAGCUGCAGGUAACCCUGGUGACGAGAAAGAGGAAACAACCUGCGAGGUGACGCGAGCAGAAAGAAAAACAAGAGUGAGUGAGUGAGAUGGUGGAUGUGAGAUGACACCUUCAGCCCAGCUUUGAUGUUCUAAUGAAGCCCAGUCUGGUUGGGAUCAGGUCUUCAUCGUCAUGACCUACCUGGCUCACACCGUUCAAGCCCAGCUCGGCGCCCUCUGGCUGGGCUGUGUGGGCUGGACUCUCACCGCUGUGGCCCUCGGACUCAUCCAGUGGAGGAUUUGGCAGGUGUCCGACAGGGAGGUCAUCAGCUCAGGGGUGGCCUGGGUGGGCCUCUGGAGGGUCUGCUUCAACAGCCACGUCCUGGUGACCCCUGGCUUCAGGAUCAUGCAUUGCAAGUACAUCAGUCUGACUGAGGCGUUCACGCCGCCGGAAAUCAUAACAGGUCAGGUUCUCAUGUUCCUGUCUCUGCUUGCGGGGCUUUGCGGGAACGCUGGAGGUGUUUACGCCCUCAGGAACGUCUACUUUGGGAUGGAGAAGACCUCCCCCAUCCGCUUAUUGUUCUUCACCGCUGGGGCGUUGUGUCUGACGGCCGCCGGGAUGUCGUCCAUACCUCUCCUGUGGAACCUGAGCUCAGUGGCGACCAAUCAGACCAUCAAGUUCCCCCCUGAGUUCAAAAUGCCCAAAGCACCUGACUCUCAGCGCGUGGGGAGCGGCAUCUGGGUCGGGUUGGUGGGUUCGGUCCUGAUGGUCGUCUCUGGGGUUAUUUACUGUAGAUACAGGUUACCGGUGAGGACACAGCCCAGUAUUCAGCCAUCUUUGACAGUAGCUCGGGGAGCUUUAACGAGCUCCAGGGGCAAAGAUAACCUGGUGUUUGAGUCUCAUGAACACUUAUGAUCAGUUUGUUUGGUGGUUGAUGACUCAGUGAAUGUGAAAGUGGAGGACUAUGUAAGAUAAGAUGUACAUUUAUUGAUCCUUUGUACAGGAAAUUCAGUUUGACAGAGAAGCACGAGAGGAAAGAAAUAAAUUUCCAUGAAUACAUGUGUGUAGUUGUGCAAGUUGAAAUGUGACGUAUAAAAUCUCCAAAUAAUUGCUGUUGACACAAAAUUUAAUACAAUAUAAUGCUUUAUAAACCAACUUCCGGUUUGAUCUGUUUGCAACAUGGACAAGCAGCUGAUAGAUUUGUAUUUAAUUAUUAACAUUACAGUGACUCAUCUAACUUUAUACUUCGAGGGAGAAUAAAUAAGAUGAUUCAUCUUCAUCACGCGACAACAAGUAAACUUGACGUCAUCAUCUUAGUGCCUCAGAAUAACUUUAAAGUUUACUAUUUUGUUCACUAUAUGUUUUUAUUUUUUAUUUUUAGGGAUGAUGCAGAAAAACCUCAGCUGUAAUUAAGUUAAAGAGUUAAUAAUACGGAUCUAUAGGUCAAUAAAACAGCAACAUUCUCACAAUAACGUCAUUUAAUCUUUUCUCUGCGUAUAAAUACGGUUCUCAAAUCUUUAAUUUACAGCUGCAGUGUUUGUGUGUUAACUGCUUAACAUUUUACGUGUGCACACGUUUUUACAUUUUUGCAAAUAUAUACUGUAGCACACUGUAUGCUAAUUAAAAAUAUGUACUUGUAUGUUAACUGCAGUAAAUACAUUCAUGAUUAUUUUGUGUCAGCAGCAGUUUUCUCACCAGAUUUCAUGACAUUUUGUAUUAAUUACUAUAUUGUAUUAUGUGUAAGUUAAAGGUAAAAGCAGCAUUAUUGAGCCUACAAGAAGAUGGGCUUUGAAUUUUUGUUUCUUAUUUGCACUGAAACAUUGGAUGUUCUUUGUUUUACUGAAUUUGAGCCUUUAACCUUUACAUACUGGUUUUUAUUCUGAGCCAGUUUCCAGUUGACAGCAUCCACAGAUAUCUUAUCAGUCAUUAAUAAAUGGGUGAUUAAUCCAGUGAGACAAUGUUUUCUUUUGGUUUGACACUAUUUGUUUAGAGAGAAAACACACAGUCACACUAUAUUAUGAUCUCAUGUUAUUUAAAUCAUAACAACCAUAAUUAUCUCUAUUAAUUUAUUGAAAGUAAAGGAUGCAACAACAUUUGAAUGGUAGGUUUCAUUAAAACCAUCAAUCAACACUGACCCAGAACACACUCUAUGUGUGGAAAAAGUAAUUAAUUUUCAAAUAUUUCCAUUUUUGUAUAUUCUGGGUCACUGAAGUCAUAAAAUUUCAGACUCUGAGAAUGUAAUAUAGGUUGUUUUUAUUGCUUUCAAAUGUCAAAAUGGGUCAAAUUUGAUCUAAACAGUAUGUAAGGGUUAAAAACGCCUUUAAUUACAGAACUACAUAGAUAAUGUCUGUUAUUUAGUAUACAGAUGCUUCAUUUUGGUCUUCAUUGUUAAACACCUUUAUUAUUAGAAGGUGAAGAAGAGUUUUGUCGUUUACUCUCUUUAUCUAAAGGACUUUGAGCUUCGACCUUUUCAUGACUGCUCACCUGUAAGGCGUCGCUUGUGAAUUACCCCUUUUGUCCUUUGUUGCACCGUAAAUAUUAUCUGGUCUCAUGUGUGGGAGUAAUAAUGAAACUGUUGUGUUAAUUGCAGGUUGUUUACCAGUUUUAUUCCUGCUUAGGAAGCACCUGAGGAGCGGCUUUAAUUGGGUGGAAACGUGCUCAUGUUCUCUGGUGGUUUUUACAUGAUGUAGAACUGAUGUAGCUGAUGAGUAUAACAGGAUUUAACUAUUGUUUUUACAGAUUUUUAUAACAUGCUGUAUAAAUGAAGUGGAUUACUGGAGAAAAUGGGAAGGAAUUGGUUGUUUAGGGAUCAUUUUUAGACAUUCAGAGACAUUUAAAAUAAUUGUGAAUGUUUACAACAUCCAGUAAUGUGUAAUAAUGUAAUAAAUUACCUCAAAAUGUUUUGACUGAUAAAAGUUUCUACAAAUUUUGAGUUGCUAUC